AUCGCAUAGCUACUCUCUUCCGUUCCACUUCCAUCCGAGGCAAUGUCCAAAGUCAUUCUUGUCACCGGUGGUAAUGGUCUUGUUGGGCAAGCCAUUCAGCACGUCGUCAAUGAUCCCAAUGGCGACCCAACGUUCCGUGCUGCACCUGACGAGACCUGGGUCUUCGUCAGCUCGAAGGAUGCAGAUCUUAGGAACAUGGACGCGACAAAGAAGCUCUUUGAGAAACAUAGGCCGACGCAUAUAAUCCAUCUUGCUGCAAUAGUCGGAGGACUAUUCAAGAAUAUGGCUCAUAAUCUGACCUUCCUUCGAGAAAACGUGUUAAUCAACGACAACGUUCUGCACUGCUCUCACUUGUAUAACGCUUCCAAGGUUGUCUCGUGCCUGUCAACAUGCGUCUUCGCAGACGAGAAGGAGGUGAAGGACAUCUAUCCGCUUACGGAGACAAAAGUCCACCUUGGUCCUCCGCACCCGAGUAACUUUGGUUACGCGCAUGCGAAGCGGCUUGUUGACGUGCAGAAUCGCGCAUACAAGCAGGAAUUUGGGUGCAACUUCACAUCUGCAAUCCCGACCAAUGUCUUCGGAGAGUAUGACAACUUCGACUUACAAGAUUCACACGUCAUACCUGGCCUGAUUCACAAAUGCUAUAUCGCAGAAAAGAAUGGUACCGUUUUUCGACCGUCCGGAAGUGGAAAACCUCUACGCCAAUUCAUCUAUUCUCGCGAUCUCGCGAAGCUGAUGAUCUGGAUGUUGAGGAAUUAUGACGAGGUCGAUCCGCUCAUACUCUCAGUACCGGAGGAGCAGGAAGUCAGCAUCGAAUUUGUCGUGAAUAGUGUCGUGCGUGCCCUUGAGCGGAACCGAGAGACCCGUCGCGCGUCCGAUUCAUCCGUGCAGCCGUUCAAGGUCAAAAUUGAGUGGAAUCGUGAAGCGUCAGACGGGCAGUUCCGCAAGCCAGCCUCAAAUGUAAAACUUACUACGUUGCUGGAGCAGGCCGGAGUAAAAUUCUCGUUCACUCCAUUUGAUCAAGCCUUGCAAGGAACGGUCGACUGGUUUGUUGAGAAUUACAAUUCAGGAGCAAGGGUUGGGAAUGUUUCAAAUGCUUGAUUGCGUGCAAUUUAGAUUUGUAUUACAACGCUAGGUGCAAUUUGACAACCUUCAUGGCGAAUUUAGUCUGUCCUGUGUCAAGUUGCUCACACUGCCACACAGAGAGGCUUCAGGACAGGAAGGAAGCGAGUGAUGACAAAGCCCGCGGGAACUGACACGCCUUAAGCGGACGCGCCGUCAGUCUGAUGACUCUGCGCAAGUUGUCCGUUCCGCCCCUUCAAGUUCUCAAACGAAAGUCAAGAAAAGCUUUUCACAGCAAUGGCCUCGUGUGAAUUGACACGGCUAAUCUAAGUGCACACCGACUCGGAAGAUAGUGCCGCCCUGCAUAGCGCUGAUUCGCUCAAUACCUGUACUCAGAUGUCGCGGCAUGGCGUCCGCAAGGUCCAGCGUUUGCGGUCGCUUGCCGCCCUUGAUCGCGCAACCUGACGCAUCAUUUGUAACUCAUAAUAAGUUGCGGCGAAUGCUCUUCCUGUCCUUAUUCAUGUGCUGUGCCUGUUAGCGCUUCUCGGCGAUGCCGACCGCUAUGUUUGGAACACUUACGGCCGCAUCUCACAGAAAGGUCGCAUUUACUUCCGGAAUAGACUUAUAGUCCUGGGCAUUGGGAUAAAUGCCUUCGUACACACUGCGGCGGACUUUUCACUCCUUUCACUAUGGCUGGCAUGGACGCCCACCAGCAAGAUACCGUCAUUCAUAGAUUUGUCGAAGUCGCGACAGCUCCAGACACUGCAGAUGCGCAAGUCAUCGACUGCUGUGGUGAUACGCUCACCUACGCCCAGCUGCUUGCAAUCGCGCGCGGCAUUUCCAAGGAACUUCGCUCGAAGUUCGGUGAGAAACCUAUUGUCUCCAUCGUCAGUGACAACAACCCGUACGUAUUGGCUGUGAUUCUCGCGGUCUGGCUGCUCGGAGGCGUCGCAGCGCCGUUAGAUUUCCAUGCGCCUGAGGCGCUUCUUAAGGGAAUGCUUGAGGGCAUUCGCCCAAGUUGUGUCAUAUUGCCAGAGACAUCUGAGGGAAACGUAAAACUCGUUACUGGUUUGGGACUCAAAGCCUUACCGUUCACACCAUCCAACUCCGGUAUUCCGACGCUUCUCAAGAAGUAUGCAACCAGCAAACCCUCCAUUGAUCUCGCUACUCUCUCCUCUCCUUCUGAUGAUGCACUUUACCUCUACACGUCUUCCGCUUCCUCGACUGCCAAUCUAAAGUGCGUGGCCAUCCACCAUGGAAUGCUCUUCAGCAAUGCCGAACUAGAGCUUGCCACAUGGCGUGUUCGGAGAGGGAUCACGCAAGAGCUUUACGCAGCCAGUCCUCCAGAACGUUUCCGUGUCCUGGGAUGGGGCCCAUUUAGCCAUAUCAUGUCCCUUGCACAUGAUUUUACGUGCCACAUCGCCCUUCCCGUUGGGUGCUACAUUUUUGCGGUCCCGCCGUCUACAUAUCCUGUGGUCCCUCAAGAUACUGCCUCUCCUAACGGCGUUGAAUACGAUGUCGGUAUGAUGCUCUUGAAGACAGCCAAACGCGCGAACGCAGACAUGAUUAGUGGUGUACCAUGGCUUUAUAAGCGAAUUAUGACUGCUUGUGAAGCUCAUCCCGAGUACCUUGAGCUCCUCAAGGGAUGUCGCCAACUUUUAAGCGGUGGUGCUCUUACAGAUCCAGACGUUCAGAAGUGGUCAGAUGAACAAGGGUUCAAGAUGGAUGUUAGCUUGGGCAUGACGGAAAUUGGCGGUGCUCUAUUCGAGGUGGAUGUCAAGACGAUGGCGGAGGGCGGAUACCCUGUCGCAGAAGCUCUGGUCAAGAAUGCCAAGCUGACACUUAUCGAUGAGGAUGGUAACGAAAAUAGUACUUAUGGCGAACUCGUCAUUUCUUCAGCAUAUAUUGCUCGUGGCUAUCGUAACUUCAAAUCAGCUGCUCACUCCUACGAUCCCGAAACUGGAAUUACCGCCUUCCAGACUGGUGACAUCUAUUCGCAGAAAGAUGGCUGCCUCAUCUGGGAGGGUCGCAAGGAAGACUAUAUUCAACUUGGAUCUGCAGAGAUCCUUGACCCUCGCGGACCUGAGCGUGAACUUUUGGCAAGUCCGGCAAUCGCACGAACUGCACUUGUCGGCAACAACUUCUUGCGCGGCGCAGCCGAUUAUGUUUGCGCUAUUGUAGAGGUUCCGGAAAGCGGAUUCGACGCACGAGAGGUGAUGCGAGCCUUCACACAGGUGAACAAGGGCUUACAUCCACCGCUGCGAGUUCCUGUAUCUCGUGUGCUUGUUCUUGAUCAGGGAGAGACUAUUCCUAUGACACGAAAGGGGCUGAUAUGGAGAAAGGCACUUGAGGAGCGGUUCGGGAAGAGGCUUAAUGAGCUAUUGAGCAACUCGAAGUUGUCAAAAUUCAGUGGCGAGAGGAAAUCGCGUUCAGCGAAGAAGGACGUGAAGACGCUUGAGCAGGUUGAAGCAGAGGUGGCGCAGAUCGUUGCGGAGGGACUGGGCAUUCCAAAGUCGCUUAUUGAUGAGAAUGGGGAUGCCUCGUUUGCUGAGCUUGGGAUGGAUUCCAACAUGGCGACGCGGAUUGUGUCGAAGCUAAAUAACCGCUUCGCUCUCGAUCUUCCUAUAAGUGCAUGUCACGACUAUGUUGACCUUGCCGCGCUUUCGCAGGUUAUAUUCGAGAAGCUUAACGCUUCGUCUCUAACCGUGUCAAAUCAACUUUCUGGAGCACACUACGCACAAGGAAAUGAUGACCUCGAUGUUGUCAUCGUUGGUCAAGCCUUGCGCCUUCCGGGAAAGGUGAAUACUGCCAGUGCUUUCUGGGAUGCCCUCGUGCAUAAAAAGCAAGUCCUCGAGCACAUGGGUAACGAUCGCUGGGACCAUUCGUCGUUCUAUCAUCCACCAACGAAUCCUCCGUCAAAGCCGCCACCAGGGAUGAUAAACUUCACUCAGAUGGGCAGGAUUGAAGUUGCGAGUUACGAUAACGCAUUCUUCGGCAUCAGCCCAGCCGAGGCGUACUUCGUGACACCAGGUGCGCGUGUUGCAAUGGAAGUCGCCGUUGAAGCUUUGGAAGACGCGAACAUUCCCUUGAACACGAUAAAAGGCGGAAAUAUGGGAGUAUUCGUUGCACAAGGGCCAGAGUUCGGAUACCCCGAUCUGAUCUACACUGAAAAAGGUUUUGAGGUCUAUGACCGGUAUUAUGGCACUGGAGUUGCGGACAGCGCAAUAUCUGGGAGGCUUUCUUACUUCCUGGACAUUCAUGGGCCUUCCGUGACUUUAAACACAGCGUGCAGUGGUGGCCUUGUUGCCCUUGAUAAUGCUCUCAUGUCCAUUCGGUAUGGUCAAAGCGAAUCAGCAAUUGUUGCCUCAGUGAAUGUGCAUGUUUGGCCCGGAAACUUUGGCUUCCUCUCAGCGAACCAGAUGAGCUCCUUACAUGGGCGUUGUGCAACGUUCAGCAAGGAUGCUGAUGGUUAUGUACCGUCUGAAGGUGCUAUGGCUUUCAUCGUGAAGAGCAAGCGUGCCGCCCUGCGUGAUGGCGACAGAAUUAUUGGUGUAGUGAAAUCAACCUCGGUACAACACAAUGGCCGCUCGCAAGGUCUCGUUGCACCAAACUCGAAGGCACAGGUUAAGCUUCAGCAGACAGCCCUACGCGCCGCAGGCAUUGCAGCAAAGGAUAUUGACUUCAUCGAAAAUCACGGUACGGGAACUAUUCUCGGAGAUCAGAUGGAGAUCCAGGCUAUAAAUGAAGUCUUCGGCGGCACGCACACCAAUGAGUCUCCUCUUGUCCUCGGGGCUGCGAAAACGGUUUUCGGACACACCGAGAGUACCGCGGGACUUGUCGGUGUGGCAAAAACCCUUCAGACGCUGCAGCAUUUCGUCGUUCCUGGGCUUGCGCAUUUGAACGGCGAGAACCUCAGCCCAAGACUGGAUACGACUGUAACUCCACUGCGGAUAUCCCAUCUUGAGACCCAGUUGCAAAGGAGGGCAGAGGGUGUCCCUCUUCGAGCACUUACUCUAUCCUUUGGUUUUGCGGGUACCAUUGCGGCAGCCGUUUUGGAAGAAUACCAGCCCGAAAAACCAGCCCAGUCUAAUGCCGCAGAAGCGCUUUCACGAUCUGUGCCUCAUCUUUUUGUUGUGAGCGCGAAGACAGAGAAAGCUCUCCAAGAGUAUUUGCGCAGCUAUGUCAACUACUGUUCUCAAGCUGACGAGUCAGAUCUCGCCAACAUCUGUUACACAUCCUGCGUCGGUCGCGAGCAUUACCGAUUCCGAUUUGCUUGCACUUGCACUUCAUUGAAGGAGCUCCUUGGUCAUCUCAAUGACGCAUUAUCGUCUGCUGAAAAGAAGCCAUUUUCAGCAAUUCCCUCGAAGCCUCGAAUUGCAUUCGCCUUCCCGGGUCAAGGCAGCCAAUGGCAAGGUAUGGGCCGAGCAUGGAGUGACGUGGAUAAAGUGUUCGCAGGUUAUCUCCUUGAAUAUGCCGAGCAGGCAUCUGAGUUACUCGGCGUUGAUUUACCCCCUCUGCUGUUUGACUACGCAAAAGCCUCCGAAAGUGCCACAAGCGUCAUCAACGAGACGCAUAUCUCCCAGUCGUGUAUCUUUGUCUUUGAAUGUGCCGUGGUCAAAUGGCUGGCUCACAUUGGUAUUCAGCCAAAUGUAAUUGUCACACACAGUCUUGGAGAGAUAGCUGCCGCAGUCACUGCUGGAUGUAUGGAAUUUAGUACUGCACUCGAAUUCGUCGUCGCUCGCUCAAACGCUAUGCGCCCAGAACGAACCAAUGGCGGACUCAUGGCAGCUAUUCGUGCGCCUGCAGACCCAAUUAAGAAGCGCAUCUCUGCAUUGGGCAUUUCCGAUUUGGUUACUAUUGCUGCAUACAAUUCUGACACGCAGCACGUAGUCUCCGGUGAAGAACAGGCCGUUCGAACUCUUGUAGAUGACCUAGCGAAGAAAUCGAUUAAGGGUACCGUUCUUUCGGUGAAUCAAGGUUUCCACAGCCACUGUAUCGAACCAUCGUUGGCGCCUAUUCGUCAAUACAUGGAAAAUAAUGCGGAGGAUAUUAGCGCGCCAACCAUUUCAUAUUUUUCGAGUGUUGAAGGCCGGGCCAUCAAGACUGGCGAGGUCUUGGAUGCCAGCUAUUGGGUCAAGCAGGCGCGUCAUCCUGUGCGCUUUGCAGACGCUGCACGAGCGAUGCUUAAUGAAGGCAAUGCCACUGUGGUCAUCGACGUUGGCCCUCAAAAUGUGAUCGCCCAUUUGCUCAAGGACGCAAGCACUCGCUCCCCCAAACCCCCUUCUAUCACCUCACUAUGCGAUAGACCCAGUACAAACACCUUGAACCCGCUCAUGCAGACCAUGGCGACGCUCUAUACUCAAGGUAUUACGCCUGACUUCAGCGAGUUUUUCGCUGGACGACGUUACAGGCCUCAAAAGGUUGCCAUCCCCACAUACCCAUGGCAGAGGCAACGCCACUACCCUACGAUUGUACCCUCUCGAACAACCAAAAUCAAAGGCACAGAACAGACCAAUGAAUACAUCAGAACUUGGGAUGUGGGGAAGGAUCUCGGCCCUUUACUCGAAAAGGACCACACUGUAGAUGGUGUUCCCAUUGUUCCCGCCGCCGCUCUAGCUACUUUUGUCUCGCUUGAGGCGCGAAAGGCACGAUCAAGCCCCGUUGUCGUUGACCUGCGUUUCCUCAAACCUCUGCUGCUUGAGAAUCCUGAUCAAGAGACUCUGACACUGGAAAUUCGAGAUAGCUCUUUCACGUGCGUCCACAAACGGGCCGGAGUCGAGAAAGGAAUCGUUUGUUCCGGAAACCUCCUCCCUGCUUCUCCACAAGGACCCGCAUCAUUCAAGAGCAGUCAUCCUGCCAAUACUUUGAGCAAGGAAGCCGUAUACGAGAAGUUCGUCAAUAAUCUUGUUCGAUUUGGACCAAGCUUCCAAUGCAUUCAGUCAAUCACUGUGUACGCGGACCAUUGCGUUGGCGAAAUCCGGGUUGCAUCAUCUGGAAAUUCUCAACAUGACUUCGUUCGUAGGAUGGAUGCAAUAUUGCACAUGUUUGGAGCCAUCGCACCAGAAAGUCCGCCAGAACUAAACUCGGGAGGCGCAUUCCUGCCGUCUGCUGUCAAUGGGUUGACAAUUCACACUGACUCAUUCCCCGAACAUAUCAAGUGCAUCUAUCGUCUUCCCAUUGAUGUCUCGCCAAACUCGAAGAAAAUGACGGCAGAGCUCCAAGUAAUCUCUGAAUCAGGAGAACUCCUCGCUACGUGCUCUCGUUACUCUGUGUCCUGGGUUCCCUCUUCAAUGCCUAUUGUUUCGCGUCCACUUCCUCCGAAGGACGGCUUGCCUCGUGUGCGGACGAAAUGGUUGAAGAAGUCGCUCACGUCUGAAUCGCAGUCCUCCGUUCCGAGCACCGCUGAACUCGUCUAUGUUGGAUCUAGUCAGCUAAAGGGCGCACUGACGGAGCAUGCAAGGAAUAACUCGGUAAAGGUGCAUGUAGUCGACGACAUUAGCACUUUCUUAAAGUCACAAAGCGGCUCAUACUACGUUGUGUAUGAUGCUACAUCUGUCGCGGAAGAUGAGAUGAACGAGGCGAACGCAGUCAAAUCUGCAUCAGCAGCUCUCAGCUUUGUCAAAGCUAUCGCGCCUUACCUUUCCUCGGAGAAGAUACGUUCUGCAUUGAUACUCACACGAAACGCGCUUCAGAUUUCCCCUGACGACGCAGACUCGUUGUUGAACAUCUCACUUCCAAAGUCUACACCCAGGUCAGGUUGUCUCAUGGGUAACUUUGUCCAGGGCAUGGCCCGAGUGUUACGUCAGGAGACAGCAUCACAAGCUGUUUUCGGUGUUGACCUUGCUUACGAAAUCUCGCCUGAGGAUGCAUGCUCUCUCGUACUUCGCGAGCUCGCGAGCUCUCCUCGUCAGAAAAGCUCUCAAAUUGCGUACCGGUUCUCGACUGAACGUCAGUCUCUCCGCUUGGAGCCACAGCUAAUUGAGGAUGGUUUCUGGGUUCCUCCUCCAAAAGGUGUUUCCGUAAACAAGAGGAACUGUACUGUUAUCGUAGGGAUGGUUGACACUACCAUUGCCCUUGCUAAGCACAUGGUCGAGAGACGUGGCUGGUCGAAUGUCGUUUUCGUCGAUAAGAAGAGCAGGGAGGAUAUUGAGGUCGCAUCCACGCUUAUCAACUUAGAAGUGGAAGGCGUUGAGUUUGACUACGUGCAGGCCAAAAUUGAGUCUUACGAGGCAGUUCGUGAUGCAAUACGGUCUAUCAACGACAGAUAUGGGUCAAUUCAUUCAAUACUGCUUGCGAAUGGAGCAUUCAAAAGCAAUGCCAUCGCGGCAGUCAGCCAGCAGGAGCUCGGGUCUGCCAUCAAAGUAGGAGCCAUGGGCGCUUGGAAUUUGCAUCAAGCUUGUGAAGAAUUAAAGAUUGAUGUGGAACGCUUCGUAAUGCUUAGUAGUAUAAGCGCAACUCUUGGGAAACCCGCGAACCUAUCGCUCAUUGCUGUGGACGCAUUUAUGGAUGGACUCGCUGCAUACCGCUCUUUUAUAUCGUCACGUAAAUCGUACUCGAUACAGCUCGGAGUGUGGGAGUCUCAAGCGGCGUCAGAGCAGCUUGUCAGCGGGUUGGCUGUAGCCCCUGCUAUGACUUAUGACCAUGGACUUCCUCUCUUACUGACAGCACUUGAAGAUUCUCAAUUGCCGACAGUGUCGCUGCUAGCCAAGACGCGUUUCGGUCUCCUACGAAGCAAGGAAUUGUAUUCUUCUGAUCCGUACUACGCUUCGAUUAUAAACUCUGCUACCCCGGAGGAGGCGACGAACUCUGUUCCCAAGGCAAACGCUGCAAGUCCAACUAAACGUGCAACUCAGGUUGCUGUACCUGCUGUCGAGAAAUUCUUGACUGGCAGUCUGCAGAACAUACUCGGGCUCACCUCGGAUGAUGUAGGCAAUCUCGACUCGUCAACGCCGGUAUUGUCACUCGGUAUUGACUCUAUCUCCUUCACACAACUCCGCGCAGAUGUGGCUGGAAAGUAUGAAGUCGACCUACCGAUGUCUUUCCUCGGCGAAGAGUCUCUUUCGCUAGGCGAGUUGGCGGAAUUCAUCGUUGACAAGGCAAAGGAGCAAAACAGUUCCGAAUCGUCGGAUCCAUCUGGUUCAGAACAAGACACGCUUGUGGCCGUCGAAGAAGUAACUUCAAAGGACGCCGAAAAGUUCAUUUCAACAAGUUUGCAAGCUGUCCUGGGAAUGACCGCGUCAGACAUGGAGAACAUUGAUUCAUCCACCCCGGUAUUGUCGCUGGGUAUCGAUUCGAUUUCCUUUACGCAACUUCGCGCAGACAUACAGAAGAAGUAUGACGUUGAUGUCCCAAUGACAUUCCUUGGCGAAGAUUCCCUCACACUAGCUGAGCUCGCGGAGUUUACUGUUGAGAAGACGAGAGAAGCAAGAAAUUAACAUAUGUGAUUUGGAGGUGUUGCCGAUACGAAAGGGGAGUUUCAUACGAGAACCGGUUCCUACUAGAAAUGUUUCGUUGUCCUGAUAUCAAUUUGUGGCUCAUAGUGUAUGUAUCAUUACUUGCAUGUCAUUUUUCAGUUACUAGACGUCAAUACACAAAC